AUGAAGAACCAGACCAGAAGAGUGUCAGAAUUCAUCCUUCUAGGAUUCUCUGGGGCUAAGAGGUUUGAACUCCUGCUUUUCACUUCAUUCUUCAUCACCUACACAAUUGCUCUGGUGGGCAACUUCCUCAUUCUUACCGUGGUGUGGUGUGAGAAUAGUCUUCAUAGUCCCAUGUAUAUGUUUAUUGCCAACCUCUCCCUUUUAGAGGCUCUUUACACCACUACAGUUAUCCCCAAAAUGCUAGCUGACUUCUUUAGCCAGAGAAAAUCUAUUUCUUUCAACAGUUGCAUCUUCCAAGCCUAUUUGUACUUCUCAGCAGGUUCCAGUGAAUUUUUCCUUCUGGCGGUCAUGUCCUUUGAUCGUUAUGUUGCUAUAUGUAACCCUCUGCGGUACGCGGCUAUAAUGAACACUCAUUUAUGCAUACAUCUAAUAGCUGUCUCCUGGAUGUCUGGCUUUCUUGCAGUAAUGCUUCCUGCCAUCUUGAUACUGCAGCUAUCAUUUUGUGGGCCCAACAUCAUUGACCAUUUCUUUUGUGAUGUUGGACCCUUGCUUAAGCUCUCCUGCUUUGAAACAAAGAUUAUUGAGCUGAUGAAUUUUGCCAAUGCAGCCUUCUUUCUCCUAGGUUCCUUACUGGUGACAGGGGUGUCCUACAUGUACAUCAUUGUGACAGUAGUUAAGAUCUCCUCAGCCAAAGGGCGCCAGAAAGCAUUCUCUACCUGUGCUUCACAUCUAAUGGUGGUGACACUUUUCUAUGGCAGCUCCAUUUUUAUUUAUGUUCAACCACAAGAAAACCACUCAUUGAAUGGGAACAAGGUAGCAAGCAUUCUGAAUACAGUGGUGACUCCACUUCUGAACCCUUUCAUUUAUAGCUUGAGAAACAAGAAAGUCAAGGAGGCCCUGGAAUGUGUUGUUAAGAGGAUUACUGGUCAAUUAACUUGCCUGAGAAUUUGGAAUCUUUAA